AUGGAUCCUUCAGACCCCGAUUUCCUUUUCACGAUGCCGAAACUCGGCGAUCACAAUGAGACCGAAGUGACCUGCAGCUGGUCCGGCAACCUUGCCGACCCCGUCGAAGCCAAAGUCACCAUCAACUUCUGGUCCGAGCCCGACAAUGAGGUCCUUAUUCUAGAUGCCAGCUCAUCCAACAUUGAAGUCGUGUCCCGCGAACUUGUCGAGCAUUACAUUCUCCAGAGUGACGGGGACUUUGCUGCAGAGCUUGAGGAAUACUGCGCCCGCGAGCAAGAAAAUGACGCUAUUAAGCUUUCGCAGAAACGCUCCAGAGCUAAGAAGAGCAUGGCUUCAGUUGAUAUUGAAUCGAAGUCGGCCACCGAUGAGCACGACCUGUUUAUUUCCAACUCCGACACCAACUGUACCGAGCCCAAGGCUAUAGCUACCGAGAUCAAACCUCGUGUAUCUACCUUCAGCUUUGACUCCACCGUUACCAAGCCCAGUUCUACAGUUGUUGAGAUUGUUUCCAAGUCGGCCACCGAUGAGCACGAGCUGUCUACUUCCAACUCCGACACCAACGGUACCGAGCCCAAGACUGAAGUCGUUGCGAUUGAUUCCAAGUCAGUCACCGAUGAGCACGACUAUUCUACUUGUAACGUUGACUCCACCGUGACCAAUCGACGAAUUGCCCCUAUACGCAGACCUAUCGAGGCUGCAUUUGUCGAGAAUGACCCUCGUGUAUCUACCACUAACUCCAACACCACUGAUACCAAGCCCAAGGCUACAUUUGUCGAGAUUGAACCUCGUGUAUCUACCUCCAACGUUGACUCCACUGUGACCGGUCGAAGAAUUGCCCCUAUGCGCAGAUCAGCCAAGGCUACAUUUGUCGAGAAUGACCCUCGUGUAUCUACCACCAACUCCAAAACCACUGGUACCAAGCCCAAGGCUACAGUUGUCGAGAUUGAAUCUCGUGUAGCUACCUCCAAUGUUGACUCCGCCGUGACCAACCGACGAAUUGCCCCUAUGCGCAAACCGAUCAAGCCUGCAUUUGUCGAGAAUGAACCUCGUGUAUCUACCUCCAAUGUUGACUCCACCGUGACCAAUCGAAGAAUUGCCCCCAUGCGCAAAUCAACCAAGGCCACAUUUGUCGAGAAUGACCCUCGUGUAUCUACCACCAACUCCAACACCACUAGUACUAAGCCCAAGGCUACAGUUGUCGAGAUUGAAUCUCGUGUAUCUCCCUUCAACUUUCAAUUCCAAAAUUCUCAGAGUGACGAGUCUGAUCAACCCAUCCACCCCCGCGUAGUGUUCUUUGACGUCGCUUCCGAGUGUCUAUCAGACCUCAAAACCUCCAGCAGCAGUUAUGCUCCCCAACCCACCAAUAUCUCUCCCCUGGCCAGGUUCUCUACAAACUGUCAGCCAAGCUACUGUGGUUCACACACACCUGACCCCUCCCCUGUUCAAGAAUCAGCCGAUGAGGACGAUACCAUCUUGAAGAAAGCCGGGGAAGGCGAUUCUCUUGGAUCUCUCUUUGAAGAGCGAGAUGCUGACACCGACGAGGGUGAUUCUCUCGAUUCUCUCUUUGAGGAUAGAAAUGCUAAAAAUGAUGCCCCAUUUGAGGAAGCCGAGGAAGGCGAUUCACUUGGUUCUCUCUUUGAAGAACAGGAUAAUUCCUGUGGUUUUUUCUUUGAAGACCAUAAGGAGCAAUCAACUGUAGUGAGCUCGAGCCGCCUUGAGAGACUCAUUGAUGAACACGAAGCCGAGAAGCGCAAAGCCAAGGCCGCAUCCCAUGCCAGUUCUAACGCCCUGGCUGUCCCAACUGGACGCCGUAUUCUGACUCCCGCUCAAGAUAGUGCCCGCCGUGGUGCCCCUAUAAACGCAAGCCCUCCAUACCUUUCCAAUACAGAGCGGUGCACUGGCUCGUUCGAUGAUGAGAGCGACUUCGGAGAUUCGCCCCCUCCUGGCCUAUUUGACGGCCCAAUCUCAAAGUCACUCCCCGGAAGCCUUUCUUUUGACAGCCCAUCACCUCGCGGUCUUUGUGAAGAUGAUCAAGUUGCCUCAGUUGGCGAGUCGGGCAGCGUGGCAUCUUUUGAUCCACACUCUGCGACUGGACCCGUUUACACGCCCUGUCACAAUGCGCUCCUGUUCGAAAACACCUCGACCGAGGUUUCUUUGGAUGGGGAGGAAUGGACCGAUGAUGAUCCCGAACUCGAUAUCCUCGCAAAAGCCGAGUAUAACUGGGAGCUGGAGGAGCUCAAAUGGCCGAAGUGGACCUUCGAAAACGGUUUGCUUAAGGUCCGUACCAUUGCGAUCACCGAGCGUGCCCAGUGGCGCGCCGUCAUCAGGCUUCGUGUGAAGAUUGAGCUUGGUGAUGACGGCCUUUUGGAAAUUAAAAUUCCAAAACUGGGCCGCUUCGUUGCCGAUAGAGAUAACUGCGGACUCAUUUUCAACCAGGAUAAAGGUCGAGGAUUUCUGUACGACUCCUCUAACUUCAAUGAUGCCCACCUAGUUGGAAAUGGGUUCGCAGGUGCGUGGACUGGUAGCGAAGGGUUGCUUCUUCGCUUCCGUGAAGUGAACAAAGAUUUCCACACUCUGAAGGAUUUCAAACUCAUUUCUACCAUUGUGGAAGAAGCCAUUCCGGGUGAUGGAAAGUCGCAGGCCCUUCGAUACACGGCCUACUGCGCGGUCAAGCUAGGCUAUCUCUUCUCGAGUGAUAAUUGUGUGAUGACACUGUUUGUCCAGGGUGGCCCAGAUGGCCGCCAGAGCUUCUUUUUGGAGGGUAGUGACGUCGGGCAACAAAUCAGCCUCGCUGCUUUUGGGCUGAUGUCAAAGCCCGGCGUCACGGAGCUCAAGGUAGUGUGCACUGCCGGCAAUCUGGCAGGUUUCAGCAUCACCUGGGACUUCAAAGAACAUCAGGCCGAGCGCCACCGUAUUUUCCCUCAAAUAACCAUGGACUGUGACCUCACUGCCGUCAAUAACCACUUUGGUCUGGUCCGAGGCUUUCCUCCAGGACACACCCCAGAGUCAGUGCCCACAGAGCUUCCGGAGGAGGAAUUGAUUCCAGAGAAGCCUCUUCUGCACGCAUCUGCAGACUGGAAGAUCCCCUGGGAGUUCAUCAUCCAGGGGGUCAUUGUCGUAAUGAUGAUGGUACUCUGCGCAGGGCUAGGUGGUAGAGAGUAUAUUAACUCUCGCCCGGCCCUGCGCAAAGCCCUGGGCGAGGCCCUGAUCCAUGUCAUUCGUGUCCUAUUUGGAAUUGCCUCUCCGAGGUGUGCAUGCCCGGAGAGGGUCUUUGCAGACCCUGUCUUUAUGGUCCCGGAUGGACCGCUCUCCUUCCGGGACCGGGUGGAUUAUGCGCUCGGGUGGAAGGGAGGUGUGGAUGGGCCGUAUCAUGCGGCCUACUACGCCUCUUAUUUCUCCCCGGCCGCCAGGGUGUAG